AUGACAUGCCCGCCGUGCAGCUCGCCAUCGCCACCUUGUAGCUCCCAGACCACCAGGGCACCUCCUGCCAUGGUGAGCCUCGCCACGCCCUCCGACUCGGGGCCGCCGCCCCGACGUCCUCACAGCAGCAACCUCGUCCGCCUCUUACCCGGAGCCACCGCUCCGGCGUUGCCACGCUUCCCACCACAGAACCUCACGCUGUGGUGCGCCUCGCAAAACCCACCGUCCCGGGACCGCCGUCCCGACCUCCUCUCCCCCGGCUGCAUAGAACCACACAACCGGAGUUGUGGCACAGCCACCACACGCAGGCCGCGCACAGCCACGAUGCAGCAGCAUCGAUCCAGGGCCGCUGCCCUGACCUCCUCCCCGCACGAGCACCACACCUCGCAGGCACCAAACCCCCACCUGACCAUGAUGAAAACCGCGCCCGAGAAGCCGAGGCGACCAGAUCCGUAG